UCGAGACAUCACGAGCGACUACUGCCACUAUAAGAAUACCAGAAUACCCUCUCGUCAAUCCAUUCCUCUUCAAAAAGCAUCAAAGCUCGAACACCUACAAUGGGAAUUGGAAGCGUUCAGGAGGUACUUCCCCCUGUCCUCGAUUCUACUUCCGCCCCACCUUCUCUUUUCGAUGGAACGACAAGGAUGUAUAUAUCUUACACAUGUCCUUACUCGCAAAGGCUAUGGAUUACUAGGAAUUGCAAGGGUUUGCAGGAUAAAAUAGAAUUGGUUCCCAUUAAUUUACAGAACAGACCCACCUGGUACAAGGAGAAAGUCUACCCUGAAAACAAGUGGAACUCCUUUUUGCAGGCACCAUCAUUGGAACACAAUAACCAAGUAAGAGGAGAGAGUCUGGAGUUGAUGAAAUAUCUUGAUAGCCACUUUGAAGGGGGUCCCUCCCUUUUCCCUGCAGAUGAUCCUGCUAAAAGAGAGUUUGCAGAAGAGUUGUUAUCCUACACAGACACAUUCAAUAAAACUGUGUUUGCAUCAUUCAAGGAGGAUGCAGAAAAAGAAGUUGGGGCUGCUCUUGAUCACUUAGAAACCUCUCUUUCCAAAUUUGAUGAUGGCCCUUUCUUCCUUGGCCAAUUCAGUCUGGUGGAUAUAGCUUAUGCUCCAUUUAUUGAAAGAUUCCGUCCCUUUAUACUGGAAGUAAAGAAGUAUGACAUCACAACCGGAAGGCCUAAACUGGCAGGAUGGAUUGAGGAGAUGAACAAGAUUGAGGCCUACAAACAGACUCAACGUGAUCCACAGGAGCUUGUGGAAAUCUACAAGAAACGUUUCUUGGUAGCCCCGCUUGCUACACAUUGAUAUAUAUUAUCCUGAUCACUUUGUUAAUGAUUAAAAUAGCAAAGAAGAUCAGAACAAAAAAGACAAGAAAAAGGUGUUAUCUAUUGCUUUUGUAGGCCUAGCUAUGGGUAUGGUAUUGCUUUUGUGUCUUAUUUUUAUUGUAAUGGAUGUGAAGAAAAAUGGGUCCAUGUGUCCUAUAAAUGUCUUCAAGUUUUUCAGCUAUCUAUUUAUGUGGUAAUCUUAUA